UCGCGCGCUCUCACUCAUCUCAUUUCACUUGCUUCCAGUUCAGAGCAACAGCAGCAGCAGCUAGGGUUUUGGUUCAGAAGCUUAUCAAACUUCAGGUUUGACAAAAAAAAAUGGAUGAUAGUCUUUACGAUGAGUUCGGAAACUAUAUAGGACCUGAGAUUGAGUCUGACCAAGAGAGUGAUAGGGAUGAGGAAGAUGAGAAUCUUCCAGAUAGGCCCGGGGAUGAGGCGGUGGCAUCCGAUGGUGAUCGUGGAGAGGAGGCGCCUGCCGCUUCCGACGGGUGGUUAACAGCCUCCAACGAUGUCGAUAUGGAUAAUCAGAUUGUCCUUGCUGAGGACAAAAAGUACUACCCUACUGCGGAAGAGCUUUAUGGUGAAGAUGUUGAGACAUUGGUUAUGGAUGAAGAUGAGCAACCACUUGAGCAGCCCAUUAUCAAACCUGUUAGAAAUAUUAAGUUUGAGGUUGGGGUUAAGGAUUCGUCGACUUAUGUGUCCACGCAAUUCCUUGUUGGUUUAAUGUCGAACCCUAGUCUGGUACGGAAUGUUGCACUUGUGGGGCAUUUGCAGCAUGGGAAGACUGUCUUCAUGGAUAUGCUAGUUGAGCAAACUCACCAUAUGUCGACUUUUGAUCCAAAUAGUGAGAAGCAUAUGAGAUACACAGAUACAAGGAUUGAUGAGCAAGAGAGGAGGAUAUCAAUCAAAGCAGUUCCAAUGACUCUUGUACUUGAGGAUAGCAAUUCAAAAUCCUACCUCUGUAAUAUCAUGGAUACCCCUGGUCAUGUCAAUUUCUCUGAUGAAAUGACUGCCUCCUUGAGGCUUGCUGACGGUGCCGUGUUGAUUGUGGAUGCUGCAGAAGGAGUUAUGGUUAAUACAGAGAGGGCUAUACGUCAUGCAAUCCAAGAGCGCCUCCCCAUUGUUGUUGUAAUCAAUAAGGUUGACAGGUUGAUUACAGAACUUAAACUGCCACCUAGGGAUGCUUAUUUUAAGCUAAGACAUACUCUGGAAGUUAUCAAUAACCACAUAUCUGCGGCCUCGUCUACUGCUGGUGAUGUCCAGAUUAUUGAUCCAGCUGCUGGAAAUGUUUGCUUCGCAAGUGCUACUGCAGGAUGGUCGUUUACUUUGCAAUCCUUUGCUAAAUUGUAUGUGAAACUCCAUGGAAUCCCUUUCGACGCUGAUAAGUUUGCUUCUCGUCUUUGGGGAGAUAUGUAUUAUCAUCCAGAUGCGAGGGCUUUCAGGAAAAAACCUCCUCCAAAUGGGGGAGAAAGAUCGUUUGUCCAGUUUGUACUUGACCCCCUUUAUAAAAUAUAUAGCCAGGUGAUUGGUGAACAUAAGAAGAGCGUGGAGGCAACUCUUGCAGAAUUUGGUGUUACUCUUAGCAAUGCAGUGUACAAAUUGAAUGUAAGACCUUUGCUGAGGCUUGCUUGUAGCUCUGUCUUUGGUUCAGCCUCGGGCUUUACUGACAUGUUGGUUCGUCAUAUUCCUUCCCCCAAGGAAGCUGCAACUAGGAAGGUUGACCAUACAUAUACGGGGCCAAAAGAUUCUCUAAUAUAUAAGGCCAUGAAAGAUUGUGAUCCUUCUGGCCCUCUAAUGGUAAAUGUGACAAAACUGUAUCCCAAGUCCGACUGUAGUGUGUUUGAUGCCUUUGGUAGGGUUUACAGUGGCAGGAUUCAGACUGGACAGACUGUACGGGUAUUGGGAGAAGGAUAUUCACCAGAGGAUGAGGAGGACAUGACAGUUAAAGAAGUAACAAAAUUAUGGGUAUAUCAAGCUCGAGACAGGAUACCAAUAGCUGAGGCUCCUCCUGGUACUUGGGUUCUCAUUGAAGGAGUGGAUGCUUCCAUCAUGAAAACUGCCACUCUCUGCAGCGAGUAUUAUGAUGAGGAUGUGUACAUAUUCAGGCCUCUUCAAUUCAAUACUCUUUCGGUUGUGAAAACAGCUACUGAACCACUAAAUCCUAGUGAGCUGCCAAAAAUGGUCGAGGGCCUUAGAAAGAUCAGCAAGAGCUAUCCUCUGGCCAUCACUAAAGUUGAGGAAUCUGGGGAGCACACUAUUUUAGGUACAGGAGAGCUCUACUUGGAUUCUAUCAUGAAGGAUCUGAGAGAGCUUUAUUCAGAAGUAGAAGUGAAGGUGGCAGAUCCUGUUGUUUCGUUCUGUGAAACAGUGGUGGAGUCCUCUUCAAUGAAAUGUUUUGCAGAAACACCCAACAAGAAGAAUAAAAUAACCAUGAUUGCGGAGCCACUGGAGAGAGGACUUGCAGAGGACAUAGAGAAUGGUGUUGUUAGCCUUGAUUGGCCGCGGAAGGAUAUUGGUAACUUUUUCCAGACAAGAUAUGAAUGGGAUGUGCUUGCUGCACGGUCCAUAUGGGCGUUUGGUCCUGAUAAGCAGGGCCCUAACAUUCUAUUAGAUGACACACUUUCAACUGAAGUUGACAAAGGCUUGCUGAAUGCUUGCAAGGAUUCUAUCGUCCAAGGAUUUCAAUGGGGUGCUCGAGAAGGACCUCUUUGUGAUGAGCCCAUCAGAAAUGUGAAGUUCAAAAUUGUUGAUGCAAAAAUUGCACCUGAGCCAUUGCACCGUGGAUCUGGUCAGAUCAUUCCCACAGCUCGUCGAGUGGCCUAUUCAUCAUUUCUUAUGGCAACCCCAAGGCUUAUGGAACCUGUAUAUUAUGUGGAGAUCCAAACACCAAUUGACUGUGUCUCUGCAAUUUACACCGUUUUAUCUCGAAGACGUGGACAUGUUACAGCUGAUGUUCCUCAACCGGGGACUCCAGCUUAUAUCGUCAAGGCAUUCUUGCCUGUAAUAGAGUCAUUUGGGUUCGAGACGGACUUAAGAUACCAUACCCAAGGACAAGCCUUUUGCCUUUCAGUUUUUGAUCACUGGGCUAUAGUUCCUGGGGAUCCCCUUGACAAGAGUAUCGUUCUGCGGCCACUUGAACCAGCACCUAUUCAGCACCUUGCUCGUGAGUUUAUGGUAAAGACAAGGCGUAGAAAGGGAAUGAGUGAGGACGUGAGCAUCAACAAAUUUUUUGACGAGGCAAUGAUGGUUGAGCUGGCUCAGCAAGCAGCUGAUCUCCACCAGCAAAUGAUAUGAUCGGAGUUUUUGAACUUGGAAGCAGUUUUAAUGUCUUUGUAACUGAGAUGGAAUAUAGUGGCAAUUGCUCAAGAUUGUAGUUCUGACAGCCCUUGAUUCUUGAUUUUUUUUGUCGUUGCACAAGUGAUACACUUUGUCAUCUGCUUUGUAAGUUGUAUCCCAAAAGUAAAAGUAGGAAUAUAGUACUUUUAACAGAUUUUACUUCGAAAA